AUGCUGCUAAUAAUCAGAGAAUCUUUUUUGUGAUUAGAUUGAGAAUGUCAAAGAGUAUCCACCUAAUAAUAAUAAUUUAGAAAUAAUAAUAAGCUUAAGUAUCAAGUCGCCAUAUAGAUACACAUUCUCUCGAUUUUGAUUACUCUGUUUUUUUUCAUUUUUGCCUCUUCUCUCUCCCCUCUCUGCCACAUUGUACUCCAAGAAAACGAUCUUCAAUGGAGCCUUAAAACAGGGGAGAUCGAUUGAGAUGAUCUUUCCAUCCCUUUCCAACCUCAUAAUAUCUCUCCAAUAAAAAAGAAAUUAGAUUUUCCCCCCAUUUUCUUCGUUACUUGUUUUUUUUUUAGAUUCUUGGGGGAUCGAUCUUGAUUCACAUCGAUUCUUCGAACUUCAUCUGAAUUUUCUCUCUGCUUAUUUAAAUGGUAGAUUUUCCCCACUCGGGAGCAGCUUGAGAAAAGGAGAAAAGUUCAAUGUGUACCACCGCCGGCAACGGCGGCGCCGGCGACGGAGAGAGCCCAAGUGCUAGUAGCUGUUGGUUGACGAAGAAGACGGCGCCGUCAAAGAAACAGAGAGUGCCGAAGCGAGGCCCCGGCGUGGCUGAGCUGGAGAAGAUCCUGCGAGAACAAGGAGACCAUAAAAAGGCCAGCACCACCAGUGACGUGGCGGUGGUUCCUCCACCACCUCAUCCGCCGUCGCCGUCGCCACCUCCGGCGGCGGCGGCGGGUUCUUCACUUCCGUCUUCUCCUCCUCCUCCUCUGUCAAGCUCUGCCACUAAAACCCCUGCUUUUCCUCCAAGGUCGCAACUUUACAGCUUUCUACCACAACCCACGAGCUGGAAUCCCGGCGAGAGCAGCCACGAUGCUGGAAAUUGCAGCAAAUCGGAAUUUCGGUUCCCUUUCUCUCCACUUUUGGGGAGUAAUGGAUCCUCUGACCAGCAAGCGGUUCCUUCCCCUGUUUUUUUUCAAAGGAGCCAGCAACAUUCCUCCUGCCCCGCCAUGGUAAAACAGAAAGAAAAGUUUUCGCCUUUGUUUGGAGAUCUUUCCAUGAUUAUUCUGAAGUUUUCGUUGACAAAUUUGCAGAUGAAUUUGUUCCCACAGAAUUCUUCAGCAGCAGAGCCCCCUUCAAACCAAACAGCAUUGUAUCGCCGGUCCCCUGUUUCAUUGCCAGAGGAAGAUACACCUAGCGUGAGUUUCAAGGUUUCUGGGUCUUCUUUUCUCUUUGAAAGUUCAAAUCUUUUCCCCCACAUUUUGAACAGACCACCUUCUCUAACGAAUUUCCACUGUUUUUUGUUUUCGUUUUGGGUUUAUGUGAAGAUGGUUGGGACAAAGAGAUCGUGUCCGUACACCAUGGAUGUACCUCAAAUCCCAGUCUUCCGCUAUCAAGUUCCUUCCUAUUUACCUCAAGUGACCGAAUCAGUCUCCACAUUUUCACCGGGUAGCCACUACAACGCAAAUUACAGAGGACAGAGUUCUUCUUAUCCUUGUGAAGAGCAGAGUUCGAGAAGAUGGAGUGGGAACAGUAACAGUAAAGAUCCAGCUUUUGCAGAAGGGCAGGGCAGCUUCGUCUUACUAGGCUGUCCAACAACAACAACUCGCAUUCCUAAACAACAGCACUUGAACUUCAAUCCUCCGAUGCCACAUCAGGAAACGAAUAGAACCAUGGACCGUCCAGCGAACAAAUUACCUUUCUACAGCUUUAUAGUUCCUGAAGAUGAAGGAGGGCAGCAGGAGAUGGAUCAAGCUGAGACAGAGUUGAGUUUCGUGAGUGGAAGAGAGAUGACAAGAGGAGAUGAGGGUCUUGAUCUCAGCUUGAAGCUGUGAUGAGCAAUGGUGUGGGGUAAGUUGCAGAGUCUCUAGAGUCUAGAGUAGAGAAGAGGGUGAAUUAGUUGGGUUUGGCUCCACGGACAGCAGGGGAAGACAGAGGUUGAAAUUCCGACAGGAUUCUGGUGGCGGACAGAGGAAACUGUCCUUUUGUUUCAGGUGGUUUGGGUAGGACAUGUUGAAUUGUACCACGGAUUGUGUGCAGCAAAUUGUUGCAGUGAUUAAGAGAGAGAGAAGCUAGGGAGCGUGUAAUGUUUUCUGCAAGCAUCAGGGUAACUGAAAUGUAGGUAAUGCAGAGAGAGAGAGAGAGGGGGAGGUUUGGGGAACGUUAAUCAUGAUUGUGGAGACAGCUUUGUAGAUGAGCUAAACCUAAUUAGUGAGAUCAGAUAUAUAACUAGCUUCUCUUCUUUAUACUUUUGCUUUCCCAAGACCGUUUUUAGCAGUAUAAACUAAUUGAACCA